GCUUUGGCGGCGUAAUCGCCCCGCCUUGCAGCGGGAUUAAUCUGCAUAUUCAUGAGGUGGGCGGGGCGGAGCGCGGGCGUUUAUAAGGCGCCGCCCCGCCAGGCUCGCCGUACAUUGCGCUGAGGCUUUGAAGUGCUGUGUGGAACCUCGCACCGCCCGGGCACCGGUCAGGAUGGCAUCAGACGAGGGAAAGCUCUUUGUCGGCGGGCUCAGUUUCGACACCAACGAGCAGUCGUUGGAGCAAGUCUUCUCUAAAUACGGACAGAUUUCAGAAGUCGUGGUGGUUAAAGACAGAGAGACUCAGAGAUCCAGAGGUUUUGGGUUUGUUACUUUUGAAAACAUCGAUGAUGCAAAAGACGCGAUGAUGGCCAUGAACGGGAAGUCCGUAGAUGGGCGCCAGAUCCGAGUGGACCAGGCUGGGAAAUCCUCCGAGAACAGAUCCCGUGGCUACAGAGGGGGGUCCUCGGGGGGCCGGGGCUUCUUCCGCGGGGGCCGAGGCCGGGGCCGCGGCUUCUCCAGAGGAGGUGGAGACAGAGGCUAUGGCGGCAGCAGAUUCGAUUCCAGAAGCGGAGGCUAUAACGGCUCCAGAGACUACUAUAAUAGCAGGAGUCAAGGUGGCUAUGGGGACAGGAACUCAGGAGGCUCCUACAGAGACAGCUACGACAGUUACGGUAAGUGCCGCUCCGAGCGGGAGCGCUGAGUCCGUGUGCUGUAGGAGCUCUGAACCUGCUGAGCCUGAGCCUGGAGUGGGGCAGGCUCAGGCUGUGGACGUGGUGGUGCCGGGAGAUUCUAAUUUAAUGCAUGUGCAGGAGUUGCUCGGAUCUCAGGCAAAGCAAGUGUUAAAAAAGGUUGUUCCUGGAGCCCAAACUCGGCUGCCCUUACGCUCUGACCCGCGGGUGGGGGAUCUCACAGUAGCCAAGUAGCAGUAGCCUCGGAAUAAUGCAAGGGAGUAAAAUGCUGGAACUUGUCUUUGCUUCAGUGCCUUUACAAUUGUGCCUGCUUCUUGUCCUCAGCUACACACAACGAGUAAAAAUCCUUCCUGACUCAAGAUCGUCCUUCCAAUGGCUGUAUUUAUAAAGAUUUUUGGAGCUUCGCUGAAAUGGUUAUUGUGUAGUACAUCUACUUGUAUUUUCACUUUUGUAGUAUUAUCAGUUCUGAUCUUGUCAAACACAGCCUGGCAGCUUCUGAGAUGAGAUGGUCUGAUUAGACUGUCUUGGAGAAAGCUCUGCUUUCAAGUGGUUUUAAUCUUUUUUGAAAGCACUUCAGAUUUUAUUUUAUCCUCCAUGAUGAGCCAAGGUGUUCCUUUUUUCUUUUUUUCUUUUUUUUUUAAAGUUGGGGCCCCAAUUCAGUUUCUUAUGAGCUAGAAAGGACCUUGAACCGAUGUUCACUGGAAGCUGAACAAGCUGUGGACUAUUUUUUUUUUUUUCCAAGUGCAUUACCUUCGUCUUUUGUAACAUUCCUUUAGUGUAGCAAGGUAGGAAUGCGGCCUGGGUUCCGUUGGAAGGCAAACCACCUUGAUAUAUCUAAAGAGAAACGUGCUUGUAUGUUCAACCCGCAUAACGGUAUUUUUACUGUUGUAACGAUGUAAAUGACCCAGAACUAGACUUGCAAACUUACCAUAAAGAGGUUCUUGAAAAUGUUUAUUUAUAUUGUCCUUUUUUACUGGAAGAAAUAUGCAUAUUCCAUUGCUGUUGUAUUUGAAGUGGUAAAGGAUUCCUGUAUACAGUUUUCUUUGGCUUUACGAAGCCUAUUAAAAGACCGUCUGAAAUGAA